AUGAGGACAUGGCGACUGUUGUUGCUCAUGGCGGCAAUAAACGCGAUGUCAGCUGCCUCUCCUCCUCCCAACGACAACCUCCAAAAUGCAGCUUGGGUCCAGUCGCGCUUCAAGGUAUUAGCUAACGGCUCCACAUUCGAAAUUUCUUCAGGUGUGAACUACUUCACUGAUCCCAUCCUGUAUCAAUUUCUUGAGUUGGAUGCUGUGGGGUUCAAUGUAGAUGCGACGAUGCAAGCCAACGAGCCUUCACACGGUUCGCAUGAAACCGGGUCUUCCGUAUGGUGGAAAUGGACCUCCACAGUGAAUGCCACGAUUCAACUGUCUACAGAAGGAUCGGAUUUCGAUACGACAGUCGCGGUGUACAUUCCCGUGCCUUGGAACGGAGUUACCGUCGUGAAUCAAUUUGGAGUAGCGUUGGUGGCGGAAGGAGACGAUAUCGUAUGGAAUCAAGUCCUCCAGACAAGAAUAAGUUUCCCCGCGUACGCUGGUUCAACCUAUCUCAUUGCGGUCGGUGGGUUCCGGCAAAGUCAGGGCAGCAUUGUCCUCAAAGGAACUGUCUUGCUAUCGAUACCCGUACCUCCAAGGAUAGUAGUGGUUGAGAUGCCUCGCUUGUCCUUGGAACGCCUCGGGGCUUCCAUCAAUGUAACUGUGAAUUAUUAUGACAAAUUCACGAAGAUCCUUUUGUCUUGCAGCAAUCCAGGUUGCCAGGUAUUUUACACUCUUGACGGAACUGUUCCUACGGUGCAUCAUACUGACAUGCAAGGGUUUCUACCGCAAGAAUCCACCAUGUUGUAUCAAACUCCAAUAGAGAUGGGAAACUUCAUGGUGCGGGCGAUCGCUGUCAAAUUUGGUUGGCAGAAUUCGCCUGUGAUGACUUCCAUGCUGUUUCAAUUGCAAGUUGCACUGCCGGUGAUAGUGCCUAAUGGUGGAAUCUUUGACGAGGAGGUGAUUGUAUACCUAGAGACUGCGAGUGACAAGGGAGGUGAAGAGAGGGCCGUCAUGCACUACACGUUAGAUGGACAAGAGCCCUCUCUGAAUUCUUCUCUCUAUGUCGGGAAGCUGGUACUCAGAAACAUGUCAGACGUCACCAUCAGGGUAAAGGCUUGGAUCCCCGGGCGAUGGGUUCCAGUCGGAAAUCCUAAGUGGGUGACCCGCUGGGUCCCUGGAUACCACGAGAGCGAAGUAGCCUCCUCCCUCCCUUUGACCGUGCGCCCUAAACUCCCGAUGCCCCACGUUCAGAUACACGGGGAAGCAGAGACAGUCAUCUUGAAAGGUGGCAAUCCCAAGCAAGCGAAUGACACGUAUACAAGAACAGCUACAAUUGAGCUGCAAACUCAAGUGGCUGGAGCUUCGUUAAAGUACCUCUCCAUGACAAACUCCGGCUCCACAACUUGGAUGGAUUACUCUGUCCCUUUUAGUGUUGCAAAAGGCAGAUACAGAUUCCUUUUCAAGGUAUCGAAGAAAGGAAUGGUCGACAGCGACAUUGUGGGAAGAGAAUUCGAGGUUCUUCCACAGAUUGAUAUUGUGGACCCUAACAUACAGAUCUUUAGCUCUGUCCAGCUGAAUGAAUAUCAGUAUUACAGCUUCACUCUAACAGCUCCUGGUUCAGACGUGAUCGUACAGUCCAUAAGCUACAUCGGAGCUACAGAUGUCUUUGUCACUGCCAAACAGCUUCGCCCUACCUUGAAAAACUCGUCCUUUUGUGCAGUUCUGGAUCAUGUGGCCGACGGAGUCGCCUCAAUAAGAACACUGACCGUCUUACACACGAACAAGAAUGUGGGAAUAGAUGUCAUAGUCGACAGGAAUUCUUCUUGCCCUCGCUGUCCUUUCAGCACACCAUUGAUCGUGGGCGUGCGAGGAGCAAGCAGUGUGGCUUCUCAGUUUGCCUUGCGCUUUACAAUCGACACAACUCCGAUCAUCAGCUUGUCAAAUUCAUUCCAGUACACCGUGAAAUACAGAGAGUGGAGUUUCUUCAAGUUGUAUAUUGACCCUCGCUUUCUGCAGGAUACGUGGAGCUAUCGUGUUUCUGUGCAGUCAGGAAUCAACAACAUUCUCAGCCUGCGCGUGUCUGUCCGGCAGGGAGUCAAACCGACAGGAUCUUCGCAGGACGAGCUGAGCACCAGCCUUGGGUCUGCCAACGGUCUGUUUGUCUUGCAAGGGAACAACGUCAAGGUCAACACAGAGCUUUGGUACAUUGGAGUUCAAUUCAUCGUAAGAUUCGACUCAUCUACGAGCACCAGAAUCACACUUCGGGUCGAGCCCAUAGCAGCAAAUAUCCAGGGGGUCACAACGAUCCAGGACGAUUUCGUGCGUUUGCAACAAAAGAAUCAGCAGCAGGUCCAGGAAAUUUUCCCCAAUCAAGAGGUCGCCGGGUCAGUUAUGGUUGCAGGUUUUGAGUUCUUCAAACUUCACAUCCCUAUUUCACAAGCAACUUUGUCACUUUCGCUGCGUGAAGUCGAUGGGUUCACAACGGGGCUUCGAGUCUUCAUACAACGAUCUACUUUGCCCUCUCUUGCGGACUUCAUUGAUCAGAACAUCACCAGCUCACUCCUCUCCAACACUCUUUCCCUAUCUCUCCCUGUCGGUAGUUUUAUUGACUACUACAUCGGUGUCUACGGUUUCUCUUACAACAAGACGGGCUGGCCGACCCCGACUUACAAUUUCCUUCUCACCGUUACGAUUAGUCAGAGACCCUCUGCCGCCCCGAAACCGUUCAUGAUGCCGAUCACACCCAACUACAGGUUCUUCUAUGCAGUGGCGCAACCAAACACGUACUUGUAUUUCUCUCUUUUCUUCUCAGAGGCGAACUCCGACCUCCACAUUGUCUUGAGAAAGACCGUCGGGUCCUCUAGCAUUUUUGUGUCCACCACCAAUCCCUAUCCCGGCAGGGAUCGGAAGGACGUUGGGUGGUUUUCGGACUGGCAGAGCGACGGGGGAAUGAGUGUCGAUGUGUUUUCUUUCGAUCCAGGCUUCAGACUAGGGAUGUUCUAUGUAUCUGUGUUUGCUCAUAGCUACCUUGACAUGGGUAUCGCAGCGUUUGCUGACAAAACUCCAAUCAGUUUGGAGCUGGGCAGGACGAUCCGUGCGACGGUCAACACGUACUCCUACCUUUACUAUCAAUACGAGGUGCGUGCAGCACAUGUCAAUCUCUCGAUCAUCGCGACCGAGGAGACGAGCGGAAGAUACAUGACAAUGCUCGUCAUGCGCGAAAAAAUCCCCACGACGACUGAGAACAUCUUUGAGUCUAGUAUACCUGCUGACAACAAGUCCAUCGCGUUCUUCCUUAGCAAGCCUUUGCCUGGAAGAUACAUCGUCAUGAUUCACUUCUACAAGUUGGGGUACGCAGGACCUGUCCUCACCCACCAGUACACGCUCACUGCUCGCACGGACUUCUACACUCCCUCGACUAUUCGAGAUGUUCCCGCAAACUUCCAGGUGCUGCAGUACAAGCGCUGGGAGAACUUGGGGCUGCCGACACCUCCCAGCUGGGAUCUUGAGAGGCCGCAAAGUCAGAUCUCCUUCCUGAACCUCGGGACGGCGGUGGAGGUUGUGUUACAAGGAGAUUCGUGGGUCUACUACAACUGCUACGUUGAAAAGUUCGCGUCAAAACUCUACGUGACCGCCCAGCCGACCGUCUCCGGGCUAUCAGCACAGCUCUACAUCCAGUACAAGUCCAAGCCCACCCCUGCCCUCUUCCUUCAGCGGUCGAUCGCGCCUGAUGCCACCGGUACCUACCGCCUGGAGAUUGACAACCCAUCGACAAAGGACGUCUAUGUCAUCGGGAUACUUGUCACCGCCAAACAGCAGCCGGGCAUGCAGCUCGUCCUGUGGGCCGAUAUCACUCCUGGGGUGCACUUGUACCCUAAUGUGACGACCCUCAAGAACUACCUGAUCUCAUUCAGCGUGCAACCAGCUCUCACCUACCAGUUCUACCAGAUCUCUCUGCCCGCAAACCAGAUGGACAUCAAUAUUCAGGUCACUCACUUGUCAGGAAAGACUGACAUCAUCAUGUCAAACGUCAACCAGUGGCCGACUCGUGCUAACUACAACCAGUCCGCUCUCGGCUGGUGGCGAUCAGAAGUUCAAGUCGGAGGAGGAUCUGAGUUGAGCGUGAAGACUUACCAGGACGGCUACAAGAUUAACACGACAUACUAUGUCUCCAUCUUCGCGCCUGUGUCUUCCACGUACUACAUCCUGGCGAGGUUGGACUUUCCUCCUCCUACAAUUGGGAUAGGAAGUACUUUCAGAGGAGACGUCGCUGUUUUCGCCUUCGCUACCUACAGGUUCUACCCAGAAGGCAGGAUCUUGAACAGCCUUGUCUUCAUCGUCAAGCUUCAGGCUCCUUUCACUACUGGGCUCACAGUCUAUAUGAAGAUCGGCAAGGUUCCGACACUUCAGGAUUAUGACAUGAUCGUUGAGACGUGUAACGAAUACGGGGAGUACAUCCUCAUCAUUCCAUACCCGCAGAUCAGCAGCGUCUUCUUCGUGGGCAUGUUCGGCCUGCAGAAGAACCUCUUGCUCUCAACAGAGAACUACCAAUUUCUCGGUCAACUCAUCACAGGAGAGGAUUUCAAGAGGUACCGCAGCAGUUCCUUCCACCUCCUCCCCCCUGCACCGGAGGUCAACUUGACGUCUCCUCCUCCUCUGCUGCCCCCCGACACGUCGCUCUCAAGCAUGGCGCGCAACGACGGAUCCUGGAUCUUCCUGAGGGUUCAAGUGGCUGAGAGGAUGAGGAUAAAUGCACACGUUGACUUGGGUGUCGGCAAUGCAAUCAACAUGUCAGCCAUGAAUAUCUCCAGCACAACCUUGACGACCAACAGCUCGAUCCUCAAUGUCACUUCCAACAUCAGCAGCAAUUCCUCGUCACCCGUCAAUCUUCCUGCUCGCGCUUUCUUGCUCGUGAGAAGAGACGGUCCCCCUUACCGCGUGCUUCCUCCAAGUAACACAUCGCAGCUUGACAAGUUUAUUUUCGAUUUUUGUGCUGUAGACGCCAAAGGAAUAUGUCUUGCGGCACAGGAUGUGGAGCUUGAGUUGGACCCUCCCUCGAUGACUUCGAAUCAGACCUCAUGGUACAUCGGGGUGUAUGUUGUUGGUUGCAGGACGAGGGAGCAAUGUUCAUCUUGGGGGUUGUUGUCAAGUUCGUUUCAAGAUUGCUUCUGCACACACAACCAAUCUGUUGCCUAUAACAUCACAAUCAGUUCGACGAGGGUGAAUCGUUUUCCUGUGCACUUGAUGUUGAAUCCGACCAAUGUUGGCAACAUCAGCUCACCCUUUGACACAUGUCGGUAUUACAAGUACAGCUUCGUCGGAAACAAAAUCAUAGUCCUCACGAUCUCCUUGGUUACAGGAAGAGCAACCAUCUUCGCCUCUUCUGAGAUUCCUUUCCCUUCCAGAUCUCACAAUGGCACUCUGCUUUCCUCCGAGAGCGUCACCGGUAACCCAACGCUCACUGCGGAAAUCGAUGGAAAGAAUGCGGAGAACUUCUUCUACGUGGGAGUUUGCACGGAAACGUUUGCUGCCUAUCAGCUGAGGAGUUAUGUAACCGAACGGCUCAUUCAUGUUAGGCUGAACAUGAAAUACUCCGGCAGACUAGAGCUGAAUAAGAUCGUUCCUUCAAACUCGUUCAUCAUCGAUGGAGAUGCUCAUUUAGGACGGAGAAUAUCCAUCCGUGUCAAACCAGUGAACACAGCAUGUGACGGUAGACUCUGCAACGACCUUCUCUGUUGUUCCGGUCGAAAUCCUUUCAGUGGCUUUCAAGUUCUACUGAACAAAGACCAUCCUGCAACUUUGUUCUCGGCGAAUGAUUUUGAUGUUAAUCGAUCUGUACUUUCUGGUCCCAAUCGAGAUUGCAUUGCAACCCAGCCUUGCGCGGGUGGAACAUGUUGCUCAACGAACUCGACCUACGAGUUGAUUGUGGAAAGUGAGCUGUUUAAGAGCAUCUUCAUCAAUGUUCGAGCUGCUCCUCAGUCUUACAACUUGUCUCGUUAUACCGAUACCUUUGAGAUCACCGUCGACUUCGUGGAAUUCCAACCCCCUCCCGUCUCCAACGCCACCCAAUCGCUACUCGAUCAUUAUUCUUUUCAGGUUGUCGAUGGACAGCAGAACCUGGAGAAAACAAGGGUUCCAUGGAAACAAGUUGACAACAAUUCCGUCUUGAAAGACAAGGAAAGCAUCUCAUAUGUUGCGUCCACGAUGCUGAUUGCCUUGCAGGUUGAGUAUUCACGAUGGAACCUGUAUCGAUUUUUCUCCUCAGUCAAUGGGAUGUUGUCACUGCAGGUCAAACAGGACUUAGGAUCGGGUGGGAUGGUGCUGAAGGUGAAGAAGAAGACUCCUCCUCUGCCUCUGGCAUCUCCUCCCGCGAACUGUUCGUUGCUAGAACUUUAUUUUCCAGGCAACAACUGCAGUGAUGGUAUACAAGAAAGCAACGAUGUUUCUUGUUACGGGGCCGAAGGGAACAGGCUGAGAAUGCUGAAUGAGAUCAGAAUUCCUGCGAUCUCGGAUAAUCCGGCUGAUGGAGCGUUUGUUUCUUGUCAAGUUCUGACCAGUCAGAGUGAAGAAGUUUUCUUUGCCAUCUUCGGAGAGAUUGAAGUGUUUUCUCCCUACUCGUACGAAAUGACGUUCGAUUUCAAGAAGAAAACGGACUUUGGGCGUGAAGUGACUUGUACCAACAUGUCGGUCGGCUCAUCCUUCAAUGGAUCUCUUCUACAAACAGAGAUGAAACUGCUCUACAUCUCAAACAUCUCGCCUGACAUGGACAUUGACAUCAUCUUAUCUACAUCACUCAACGCCAAGUACGGGAGAUGCUCUUACGGAGAAACUGAUGGGAUGAGUUGCUUCAUGGUCAAACUCCCUCCGCCGGAUCUUCAAUGCCAGUCUGUCAGUGCAGCCUGGACGGACAGCAGGGGCGACGCAUGUCAGCAGUACGAAGAAGAGCCGUCUCGAUGUCAGUUUGCUUCUUUCUUUGCAAACGCGUCGAGAGACGCGUCGGUAGAGUGCUGCGGGUCAAACUUGACCUGCGUCUCAACCGUCACCAACAGGUUGAACGACGCGUUCUUGACUCAUCAUGAAGUCGACCUCAUCUCGGUAGACAGCGAAGCUGAAUGCUGCGAUCUUUGCAGGAACAAUUCCUUAUGCACUCACUGGACUAUGACCUACGACAGCGUUUGCCUCCGAUGCGACAACCAGCACUCUGCUAUGGAUUUCAUUGAUAUUCUUAAUAAGCAAAAGGCCUCGAGCUUGCAAGAAUCGGCAAUCCUCAACAUCUCUCGGGCUCCUCGUUGCUUCUCUACAAGGUCGUUUGGAUGUUGCCGCAUGUUGAACGCAACUCAGCAAGUCGUCGAUGCAACUCGCGUCACCGACGUCAAGAGCACUUCUGGUGCGUUUGGACGAUGCGUGCAGACAGAAAACGGUCAUGUCGUGAUGAAGUGGACGAAUACACAAGAUUGCAAUUCCACCAGUGCUGACAGCAUGAAACAUCCAAUUAUAGGAUCCCUGGAGGCUCAGGCUGGGCAGCAGCAGGACGACCGUCAGCUGUUCUCAUAUGCGGGGAGCGAAGCGACAGCGACAUGUCUGAUGAUGUGGAACGGGACAAGCGUUGACCUGAGAGACGGAUCGCGAACAGAAGCUAGUCCGACAUGCUUGAAUUGGUCUUGGAAGACUAUCUCUCUUAUUUCCAGUCUACAGCACGUCAAGAUGUGCCUGGCAAAUAUUGCCGGAGGCUCGACGACUGCAAGAGUUGUACCAUGUACAGCGACAGUCUACCGGGUUGUUAGCAAUCAGACGAUCACGUUGAAAUUUGUGAAUUCAGAGGAUUUGGUGGAUCGAUCGAUGCUCGAGUGGGAUGUGCGAUCAAACAGCAUCGUCUCUUCUUCUGCUCUCUGCCUGUCUGUCCGCAAGACUGAUAACAGGAUGGAAGUCACCAACUGCAGCUCUGCUGCGGAACAGUCUUGGACGUUCGACUUCAACAAUGGACAGGUAACAAACUCGUUCACACAACGCUGCUUGACUUCAUUUCCUGUUUGUCCGAUGGAUGCAAACGAAUGGAACUCGGAGUGUGUUUCAGUGAGCUCUGGUUUGACAGCGGAAAUCUGCAUGCACUCAACGACGUAUCAAGUUCAGUCUACCAUCCUUGCAGACUCUCUGAAGAGAAAAGAACUCUCUUUUCAGCUCACUGCUCUCCUUCCAUCCGACUGGACCUUAUCAACUUCAUAUCGACAAUCACCAGUUCUCAUUCAAGAAGACAGACUGAUUGGGAUUUACCUGACACCAACAACAGCAGAUAAACAGACAUUUCGUCUGAAAGUGAAUGAGGGCUUCGUGUUUGAGAAGCACUUUGGAAUCUACUUGUUCUUGCAAGACAACCUUGCUGAUCUCAGGAUCGAGACUAAGACACGUGAUGCGACGUUGAAGGAAACUUCUAUGUCAAAGGGAGAUCUUGUUGGUCUCACAGAAAUUGACAAGAAUCUUCGUUCUUUGCAAACGACGGUUCCUCCGGGAGGGUCUCUUGACAUCGGAUUCACUCACUUCAACAUCUUAUCUGCAAUCGAAGUCUGA